AUGGAGAGAGAGGGCUACAGAAUUAUAAAACCAUCUACCCACGAAUCUAGAACAGCAUCAAUGCUAGCAGCAGCAAAAUUUCUUAAAGCACUUGAAUUGGUUGCAAAGCAUGGGCCAGGUUUCAAGCCUCCAUCCUACCAUGAUAUUAGAGAGAAGUAUUUGAAGCAAGAAGUUGACCAAACAAUGAAUUUGCUUGAGGAUUAUAAGCUAGAAUGGAAAAAAAUUGGUUGUUCAAUAAUGUCUGAUGGAUGGACAGAUAAAAAAAGACGUUGUAUUUGUAAUUUUUUGGUUAAUAGUCCUAAAGGGACAGUUUUUUUGUCAUCGGUGGAUACUUCUAAUAUGUCCAAAACUGCUGAUAAGGUAUUUGAGAUGUUAGAUGCCAUUGUGGAAAGGAUUGGGGAGGAAAACGUUGUCCAAGUAGUCACCGAUAAUGCUGCAAAUUAUAAGGCAGCGGGACAAUUAUUGAUGGAAAAAAGAAAGAGUUUGUUUUGGACACCAUGUGCUGCCCAUUGUAUUGACUUGAUAUUAGAGGAUUUUGAGAAAAAGUUAGAGAUUCAUCAAGUAACUAUUGCUAAGGGGAGGAGAAUCACUUCAUAUAUUUAUUCAAGAACUAUUCUUAUUUCCAUGCUAAGACACUUUACGAAAGGAAGGGAUUUGAUUAGGCCUGCUGCCACACGGUUUGCUACUGCAUAUUUAACUUUGGGAUGUUUGAAUGAUCAUAAAAUACAGUUGAUGACUAUGUUUACUUCCAAUCAGUGGAGUUCAUGUAGGUUUGCAAGAAUAGAAGAAGGGAAACGAAUUCAAAAUUGUGUUUUGGACAGCAGGUUUUGGCAUGAUGUUACUAUAUGUAUUAAGGCAGCGUAUCCUCUAAUUAAAGUUCUUCGAUUAGUUGAUUCUGAUAAGAAACCAGCUAUGGGUUUUAUAUAUAAAGCAAUGGAUGAAGCAAAAGAGAAGAUACAAGUGAAUUUUGGUUCUGUGAAGAAAAGGUAUAUAUCUUGCUAUGAAUGUUCAGAAUUACAAAGGUUUGCAAUCCGAGUUCUAAGCUUGACUUGUACUUCAUCUGGAUGUGAGCGUAAUUGGAGUGCAUUUGAAAUGGUUCAUACAAAACGAAGAAAUCGUUUGCACCAGAGAAAAAUGAAUGACUUGGUAUUUGUAAUGUGUAAUUUGAAAUUGAAUAAUAAUCAAGUCAAAAAGCAAGCGGAUGAUUUUGGUGUAGAAGAUGAUCUUUCAUCUGAUGAUGAUUGGAUAACCGAGGGAGAAAAACAUUCAAACAUUGAUUUGCUUGGUGCUAUUGACAAUGCAACACGAAGAAAAAAUGGUAAUGAAGAUGAAAGUGAUGAAGAAGAAAUUCCUAAUGAUGCUGAAAUAGAGAGUCAUGGUACUGAAGAUGAUUUGGAUAUUCAAAUUGAUGAUAUUGGUGUUGGUACUAGUAGUAGCACUAAUGCUCAUAAUAUUGGUGUUGGUACUAGUAGUGACACUAAUAAUCCUCUUGAUGCUAAUGAUAUCGAUGAAUGUAUGAGGAAUAAUGAGGAAGAUGAAGGCAAUGAAGCUGGUUUUAGUUUACAUGACACACCAGCAGAUUAUUUGUUUUAAGUUUGUUAAUUAUUAGCUAAU